GUGACUAAAGGUAAAGAUGUAGAAAUCUCUAUGGUGAAGCACCUUAGAACGGGUUUGGAAGAUAAAUAUGAUAUAGUUGAAAAGUGGCUUUUGAAAGAUCUGGAGAUGAUUGAUGGAAAAGAAGCAGAUACUGAUAACCCCUAUUUUGAUAUGCACUUCGAGAAAGUCUACAAUUUGGAAGCAUAUAGCUGUGCAUCCAAAUAUGCAUUUGCACGAACACUGAACAACCUGAAUGAGAUGUACCUUAAACAGGACUUGAAGAUUGUGAACUUUGAUAUAGCCUACAUAAAUGAUAACUGUUUCUGGUCAUCCAACAAUGGCGACUGUUUGGUACUUAUGAGGAUAUGUUUCUAUGCUUCCAACCUACUGUGCCUGUCUCUGUGUCCUAUGCCAUAA